ACGAGAGUAGCCGAGAGUGGACGAGAUUAGCCGAGAGUGGACGAGAGUAGCCGAGAGUGGACGAGAUUAGCCGAGAGUGGACGAGAUUAGCCGAGAUUAGCCGAGAGUGGACGAGAGUGGACGAGAGUGAUCAGAACGCCGUUGUCCGCUCGCCGGGAUGGCCCUCAUAGAUGCACCUCCUGCACAGCAACUCGUUUCUCCUGCCCUAUGCACCUACUCCAUCCUCCACCUCCACGCACCUGCGCAUGCUCCUAUACUCGUCCACACCCCGACUGUGUGCUCCUCCUCUCCUGCCCCCAGGCAUCGAGCCGAUGGACGCGUGGCGCGAGCUGCUCGUCCGCUUCACGGCGCCGCAGGGGGGCUCGUCGGCCGACGACUUGACCGUGACGCGCCGCCUCACGUCCGAGAGCAAGCACAAGCUCGCGAUGCACGCGCUCGCGCUGGCGCUCUGGAUUGGCCACGGGCAGGGCGACACGGCCGAGCUGGCCAAGCUGCUCUCUCUCACGCCCAAGGAGGCGAACCUCUACCUCCGCCAACUCGGCUGUGCGAUGCCGCGCACGCGAGGCUCGACGGCGUGCAGCCUCAAGCUGCCGCUCGAGCUGCCGCGGGUCGAGCAGGGCCGCGCCGCGCCAAAGAAGCGGUAGCUGAGCCGCGAGCGCCACGUGCCGCGCGUCCGCCGCCCGGAGAGGAAGGCGCGCAGCCAGGCCAGGUCGCCCCGAGCCAGGUCGGCGAGGCGGUUGUUGGCAAGAGGGCGCCGCUCAUUCCCGAUUCCGCCCUGAGAAAAAAACUCCAUUUUCUUUUUUC